AUGGCGAGUGAUACUAGUAAUAGUACAAUAAUUAGUGAUUUAAAUACAAAUAAGCCUACUGGAAACAAUGGGGCUGGUAAUUUACUGAGUAAGCAUAAAUAUGAAGAGGAUAAGAAAGAAAGUUUUUUCGAAUUCCUUCCUGGAUUUAAGGACGUUGGGGAAUUUUCACAGAAUGCCUUAAGAUCAGCCCUUAUUGCAAUUAAAGAAUCUUAUAGGCUUCCUACUCCUGGAGAUGAUUAUGACUACUACAGCAGCUAUGGAAGCUUUAGACGUCUCAUGAAUGCUGAGGGGAAAUGCAUUUUGAACACUAUGUCAUCAUUGCUUGUACAUCAAGGAGGAAAGAUAAUGAAUGAUAACUUAGAACUGGAUGAUAAAUUUGAUAUACUUGUGGACUCAAAUGAUGUUAUUCUGGAGAGAGUGGGUACAGCUCUUGAUGAAGCUUCUGGUUUGAGGAAAAAACAAGAAGAGCUUGUGAUUGCCACAGUCAAUGGCAGUUCAAAAAUCAAUACCAGUUGGAACCAAAAUAGAAACAAGUACUCCAGAAGUGUAUCAUCUCCUGGGACAUUUAGAUUGUUGACAGCAAAAAACAUUCAGCGACCUCAGUUGAUAUUUAAAGAUAAGAUUGACAACAGCAGAUCACCCUUCAUCCCGAUAAUCAAGGAAAAACCCAACUCUUUGAAACCUCUUGCCAUUUUGCCAGAAAAACUUAAUGAUAUAGAAGAAUAUUCUCAUCCAUAUGAAGUGGAACUUGAUCAUUUUCAUCCAGAUUCAGAACAGCUUGAAGAAAAAAUACCUCAGGUACCUAAAGCUAUUAAAGAAACUCUGUUUGUAUAUGUUGACAAAAUUUUGGCUCUGGAGGAACUUUGCAGAGAACUCAAACAACAAAAAGAAAUUGCAGUGGAUUUAGAGCAUCAUUCUUAUCGCUCCUUCCAAGGAUUUACUUGUCUGAUACAGCUGUCUACCAGAGAAAAAGACUAUAUAAUUGAUGCUAUAGAGCUGCGGAGUGAACUUUUCCAGUUAAAUGAAAUUUUUACAGAUCCUAAAAUUGUCAAGGUACUUCAUGGUGCAGAUAUGGAUAUUUUGUGGUUACAACGUGACUUUGGGUUAUAUGUAGUUAAUAUGUUUGAUACUGGACAAGCUGCUAGAGUGCUAAAUAUGGCUUGUUAUUCAUUAGCUUACUUGCUGAAACAUUAUUGCCACGUGGAUGUUAACAAACAAUUUCAGUUAGCAGACUGGAGAAUCAGGCCUCUCCCAGAUGACAUGAUCCACUAUGCUAGGGAAGAUACACAUUAUUUACUCUAUAUUUAUGACCAGAUGAAAAGGGAACUGAUUAGUAAGGGGAAUGAUCAGAAAAAUCUACUAAUAUCAGUGUUUCAAAGAAGCAAAACUGUCUGUUUGAGGAAAUACCAGAAGCCUCCUUUCCGAGAUGAUAGCUACUUAGAUCUCUUAAAAAAACACAAGAAGUCCUUCAACAAUUGCCAGCUGUGGGCACUAAAACAACUCUAUGAAUGGCGAGAUAAGAUAUCCAGAGUAGAAGAUGAAAGCACUGGUUAUGUCCUUCCUAACCAUAUGCUGCUUCAAAUAGCAGAAGUACUACCAAGAGAACAACAAGGCAUUCUUGCUUGCUGUAAUCCUAUUCCUCCUCUGGUACGACAACAUCUAAAUGAACUUCACAUGAUCAUUAUGAGGGCAAGAGAUCAACCAAUGGUGAAGCCAGAAUAUGCUGAGGUGCACCUGAAGACUCCUUCUGAUGAGGAACAUGUUGAUACCAAUAAUGUCCUUUACUGCCCACAUGACAUGCUACCCCACCUUGAAGAAGAUCAUGCACCUGCCUUGUUUGAUGACUUGAUAACAGAAGAUGGGUCACUUAAUACUUAUCUUCUGGAUGAUGUAGCACCAGAGAACAGGUGUUUCAAAGCAUCAUUUAAAUACUCUCCAGCAACUACAAAACAUAAAACUUCUGCUACAUUGUUUAAUUGGAUUUCAAAGGAAGACUCUGACUUGAAAAGCACAUCCAGAAAGAAAGAAGGAAAGAAAUACAAUAUUGGAGGAAUAAAAACCCUAAUAACACCAUUUGAACGGUACCUGAUGGUAAAGAACAUUUCUUCAACCAAAGAAACUUCACCAACAGAAAUAAAUAAUGAGGAAAGAGUAAAGAGGUUACAAGCACAUUUCAGGGAUGUUGUUCUGAAGGGAAACCAGGCUGCUGUAGAACCCACCAAAGAGCAGUUUACAGUGAAAGACCCAGAUAUUCAAGUUGACAAUCAAACAACCAAAGUUGGCAGUAACAAUAACAACAAAGACACAACUGAAGAAGACUUACCUCUGAGGCACCAGGUGAUGUCAAAGCUGUCCAAGACGAGAAAGAAAAGAAAGACAGAGGCUAUUUCAGACAUUAGAAUUGCAGAAUCUUCCUUUGUUAAGUCCACAACAGGAAGAGAGCUGUCACAAUCUGUGUUCCAAACAUUUGACUAUAGUGAAACUGACAUGGUUGUUUUUAAAGGUCAGAGCAUUUCUAAGAAAAACAGGAAAGAGUUUAACCCUGAUGAUGAAAACUUUGCUCACAAGAGGGUUAAUCAGCGUGGAAGGAAAAGGAAAGAAGGAAAAAGUCUAACAUAUCAGAAAGGUGGGUCAUCGCAAGGAAGUUCCAAUAAUUGUCAGUGGCCCAGAAGAUAGCAGCAUGAAAAAUGAGAGAUGUAUAUGAAGCUGUUUUUUUAUUUGGAAAGUAGAAAGGUUAUGUAAAAGGUGUAUGGUAACUUCAUGGCUGUCACAAUAAAUUGUUUUUUCAGAACUGUA